UUAUUUUAUAAAGUGUUACGGACGCUUUUAGUUCAUAAACUUUCACCCGGAUGUUGAUCAUUAUUUAGAGCCGGUGAGAAUGGCGGACAUGGACGAGCUGUUCGGUAGUGAUGGCGAUAGCGACAACGAGCAACGAGAUUCCGGCUCUGGUUCUGGCUCUGAUUCGGAGCACGAGAGACCCAGAUCUGCCAGCAACGCCUCUGGCAGCGAGAGUGACAGAGAUCAUGAUGAAGAUGAGGAUGAAGAUGGUGGAAAGCCGAGCAAUAAAGAGCUGUUUGGAGACGACAGUGAAGACGAGCGCGGAAGCCAGCACAGCGGCAGCCAGCACAGCGGCAGCCAAUCAGAACGAUCCGGCAACCAAUCAGACGCGAGUAUGCACUCGGACAACGAACACAGCGGGUCAGAGGGCCAUCACGAGGAGGACGAUGAUGAUGAUGAGAGGGGCCACAGAUCAGAUCUGGGGAGUCCAGCCUCAGGAGCAGGAAGCCACAGGUCUGACAGAGGAAGUGGAAGUCCAGGGUCCGAAGCGGGCAGCCCACGCUCAGAAGCAGGAAGUGGGCAUUCAGAUCCCGGCACACCUCAACCCAGCACACCUCAUUCAGACGGAGAGGGGUCAGGGAAAGACGUCCAUUCUGGAGAUGAGAAGUGGGGUGGAAAAAGUGACCAAUCAGAGGAUGAGGACAAACAGCAGAACUCGGAUGAUGAGAGGGAUCAUUCUGACGAUGAAGGGGAGAGACAAAAAUCAGAGUCGAUGAAGGGCAGUGACAGCGAGGAGGAUUUCACUCGGAAGAAAAAGAAAAAAAUAGCUUCAGACUCCGACUCAGAUUCUGACCUUGAUGCACAGAGUAAGAAGCCAGCAGCAAAUGAUCUGUUUGGGGAAGCAGAUGAUAUUUCAUCAGACAGCGAUGCAGAGAAACCUCCCACACCUGGGCAACCAAUGGAUGGUGAGGACGGUCUGGAGGGAGAUCAGCCCGAGGAGGAGCCGGCUCCAGAGACAAGGAUCGAAGUGGAGAUUCCUAAAGUCAGCACAGAUCUGGGCAGUGAGCUCUACUUCGUCAAAUUACCCAACUUUCUCAGUGUGGAGCCCAGGCCGUUUGACCCUCAGUACUACGAGGAUGAGUUUGAGGAUGAGGAGAUGUUAGAUGAGGAAGGACGAACCCGUCUGAAGCUGAAGGUGGAAAACACCAUCAGGUGGCGCUCUCGGCGUGAUGAGGAGGGCAAUGAAAUCAAGGAGAGCAAUGCACGAAUCGUUAAAUGGUCAGAUGGCAGCAUGUCUCUGCACCUGGGGAAUGAGGUGUUCGACGUGUAUAAAGCUCCACUGCAGGGUGACCACAACCACCUGUUCAUCCGCCAGGGUACAGGACUGCAGGGUCAGGCUGUGUUCAAGACCAAACUCACCUUCAGACCCCACUCCACAGACAGCGCCACACACAGGAAGAUGACCCUCUCUCUCGCUGACCGCUGCUCAAAGACACAGAAGAUCCGAAUUCUGCCCAUGGCCGGCAGAGACCCAGAAUCCCAGAGAAAUGAGAUGAUAAAGAAAGAAGAGGAGAGGUUACGUGCGUCUAUCCGCCGCGAAUCCCAGCAGAGGCGCAUGAGAGAGAAACAGCAUCAACGAGGUCUGAAUGCUGGGUAUCUGGAGCCAGACCGCUAUGACGAGGAUGAGGAGGGUGAAGAAUCCAUCAGCCUGGCUGCCAUCAAGAGCAAAUAUAAGGGUGGAGGUCUGAGGGAGGAACGAGCCAGGAUCUAUUCUUCAGACAGCGAUGAAGGUUCUGAUGAAGACAAGGCCCAGCGGCUAAUGAAGGCCAAGAGACUGGACAGUGAUGAGGAGGGAGAGAACUCUGGAAAGCGGAAGGCAGAGGAAGAUGAGGAAUCUGCUGCCAAGAAACCCAAAAAAUAUGUCAUCAGUGAUGAGGAGGAGGAGGAGGGGGAAGAGGAAGACGAGUGAUGUUUUUGUUUGUUUGUUUGAUGUUAUCGCAUUGUGAUUGGAUAAUCACAGUAAAGUGAUUAUCUGUCUAAUCCAGUAAAUCAAACCUGCAGUUAUGUUUGUAUAUUGUAUAAAGUUGGAAAAUGCUCAUCAUUGCAACACAUCAAUAAAGAGCAAUAACCUUGA